AUGGCUACUCCGUACAGUCGGUUGCUGGACCUGGUUAAGGUUCAGUGCCAGGUUUUUUCUCUGAAUUUUAACCCUCAGCGGUUGCGGCUGGGUAAUAAGGUGCUACGUCAAAGACUACGAGGGCCAAUGGUGGCAGCAUGGUACCCAAAAAAGACGGUUUCUUUCCGUGAUCUGCAGAACACUUGUAAACCUCUAGGUUUGACAACAUUUGACGAAGCCGAGGAUGACAGAGAAGAAGCCAUACAAAUUGCGAAAUUGCGAGGAAAGGGCAGGCCUAAGAAGAAACGAACAGCUGCCGAGUCGAGGACAGCAAAGAAGAAGAAGUAGACACUGUACGAUCAAGGUUUUCCAG